AUGCCUGCAACAACCGCUGCCCUGUCAGAGUACUAUCGCCAUGACGGUGUCCGCAUUACGCAUGAUCCCUAUGCGCCCGGCAUGGCCGAAAAGUAUGGCAUGCCGGGCAAGACGGACAAUGAAGGGUUUGACCCAUAUGCCGACACCGUGGGUCCAGGCAUCUAUGGAGGCAUUGUGAAGCGUGAUGAGAAUGGCCAGAUUGUCAUUGGCAGGCAGUACCAGAACCACAAUCCAAGACCAGGGCCAGUCUACGCAGGUGGCGGCUACACGCCUAUCAAUGAGGCCUUGCGGAAGGGUCCAGCAGCUUUGAAACCGCUUUUGGACAAAUAUCCAGAUUUGGUCAAUGAUAUUUCGACGGGAGGCUCCACGUUUCGGCCGUCCAGUGAGUGCAGCCCGAGCGAGUUCUCAGCCCCGGGAACCCGCAUCGAGUGGAAAGCAGUACCUGUCACAGAGUUGCUGCCUUCAGAGGUUUCAAAGGCGAUUCGGAGAAUUGCAUCUCAAACAGGUGGCAUCUACGACCAAUUCUCCGACUGGGAGAGAGCCUGGGAUUUGGUCGCUUCAAAUCGUUCCUAUGCGGCAGGCCCUGCAAGUCGACUUGGAGCAUUUGAAGUGCAUCUGGUUCAGAGCACCUGGAGUCCCAAGCUUUGUGCAGGGAAACUUGAGGGAGACCAAAGCCACAAUGGCCCAGCAGUCAGUGGAUCUUGGGGCAUUCUGUGUUCCGCUUGCGCUCAUCGUGCAGAGGGACAUCAGGUGGCUGGGGCAGCUCUCAGAACAGACACGCAAGAGCAACAUACACUUUUGCAUUCAAAGCUCUGGACAAGACAUUGGCCAGAUUUUUGGAGUGUGCUUGGCAAAAUCGGUGCUCUGGUGAUUCAAGAAGCGCCAGCGGUGCAAAGACCAGUGCUGCUGAAACCAAUUUCUUUUGCCAAAAAGCAGUGCAGAGAACUCAGGCCUUGUAGCUUUACAUCUCAGCAGAUGAUGAUCGGUUCUGGGUUUCCGGACCGGCGUCCUGCAAUUGAGCAGGAACUGUCCGAGUUGAUUGCCCAGCAUUUUUCCAGCUGUUCCUGUGGACAAUGGAAAAUUGUCGGGGAGAGGAGCAAAGUUUUUGUGGAGGAAGCUCUUCAAGAACAUGGUGUUUCUUCCCCUUGCACCGUUACUCUUCUGUGGGGUCAGAAUGGAAGUCCUUACAAGUCCGACCUAGAUCUCAUGACCUGGGUGGAUGGGACCCAGCUCUUUUAUAGUAACAAACAAGUUGGCAACUGCAAGUUGGAUUUUGACACCCAUGCUCGAGAGGGAGACUUCAGGAAGGACCCGGCUGAGAAUCUCUCAUUGGGUCAGACCGGAACAUUCGUUAUCCAAGUGACCAACUUUAACGAUCGGGACUAUGCGGACAUCCCCUUCAAGGUGCUGGUCAGGAGAUCUGGUCAAGUGAGCGAGGCAGAGAUCUAUGAUCGGGUGUGGAAGCAAGGUCGACAAAAAGAAGAUCCAAUUGAGGUUUGCACUGUCACAGUUUCUGAAGAGGAUCUGAAGGUGAAAGACAUUCGGCUGCAACGUGUGCAAACUUGCGACUAUGCAUUGAGCAAGUGCAGCUGCGGACAUAAGCUGGAGCUUCACAGAGUCACCAGAAUUUUACAAAAUCAUGGUUUCGAAGGACAGGAUUUUGAAAACUUUGCAGCCGAACUUCGAGAUGAAUGGGAUGGAAGGGAUCUUCGCGCCUUCAUUGGCCACUUCGUUGAAAGACUGCAAGGCCCUGAGCGAGAAAGCUACAAACAGAGAGAGGAGGUGGCACAGCAGCGAUUUCUGGAGAUCAGAGAUGCCUGCAUCGGUGAAGAGUAUCGAAUUCGCCAGGAUUAUGCAAAAGAAUUUGACAAAGGCCAAGUAGAAGCAGAGAAGAUCUAUGCGCAGCUCUGCCUUUCGCUUGUGCGAAAGGUUCCAGAACACAACCUGGACUUAAGUCGGCUUCAAUCGGGUGAAGCUUCUGCACAGGAGGCUAAUGAGAAACUGAUGGCAGCCAUUCAACUGAAUGAGGAGCGGAAACGCAAGUUGUCCAGCUGGUUGGAUGAGGUGAACAGCUGGAGAUCCCCUGCGGAUGUCUUCGACGCCAUCCUACAGCAGCGCCCUGACAUUCAUCGCCUGCUCUCCGGCGACGAGGCGGCGGAAGAGGACGCGUUGGAUGCGGAAAUUACACGCUUCGGAGUGAAGAUCGAAGAAGCAUCCAGGAAGUAUGACAAAUCGGACAUUUACCAAAGUCAGAUCCAUCAACUGACGGAGAAGUUUGAUGCACAGCUGGCAGACUAUGUCCAUUCACUUGGGCUUGGCCGGGAUAACCAACAUGCAACUGAGUACUUGAUCAAGCGUGGAGCCCUGGUGGAGACCAUGGACACCUAUGGUAUGACCCCUUUGCACAGGAUGGCCUCGAACAACUUGCCGGUGGGUGCGAAGGCACUAUUGGAGGCGAAAGCAGAUCCCAACAACCGGGGACAGGCCAGGGCCUCGCCCAUGGAGAUUGCCAAGGACUCCCGAGCCAGAGAAGUCAUGGCCGUGAUCGCCGAGUACAUGAGCAAACCCCAGCCAGUUUUUUCGCAGCUUCGCGUGUCGAACUCCGGAGUGGCCAGUGUGAAUGCCAUCUAUAUCGAGCGAGACCCAAAGGUGAUCCCGGUGGGUUUCAGCUUGACCUGCAGCGAGCAGCGUUGGGACGCUGAGAAGAUGUGGUUACAGUUGAGCGAUCAAAAGACCGCAUGGUAUGAGGCGGAGAAUGCAGGGAAAGCAUCGAUGGAAUACUCACUGUUGAUGGCAGUAGCUCGGUUUGCGCACUGGGAUGUGAAAGUGCUGCAAGAGAGAGUGGAACCAGAGAAGCCUAAAGAGAAGAAAGGAAAGGAAGGGAAAGGAAAGGAAAGGAAAGGAAGGGAAAGGAAGGGAAAGGAAGGGAAAGGAAGGGAAAGGAAGGGAAAGGAAGGGACAGGAAGGGAAAGGAAGGGACAGGAAGGGACAGGAAGGGAAAGGAAGGGAAAGGAAGGGUAA